AUGGGCGCAGGACCCAUCCGCGGAAAAGAAGAGCCAGUGGAAGGCACAUGGUUCGGCAAGGCGUGCUGUUCAGCACCAGGCGAAGUGCUUGUCGGAAGAGUUACGGAGCGGGCUGAGACGAUCCGGACAAGCGAGGAGGAGGAGAAAGCAGCAGAGCUUGCAGCAGGUCUCCAAAGCCGCAAAGAACUGGAGGAGCUCGAAGCACUAGGGAUGGAGGCAGGCAUCAAUGUUCGUGCAGAUGAGGAAAUCGACGAUCAGGACUUCGAGCGGAAGCCCUCGAUCGCGGCGAUGGUUCCAGCCAUCGAUUGCCUCCCUUCAAGGGCGGAGUCCUCGCGAGUGUCAGCCCGCUCAUCAACCUUUGACAUCAUUAAGUCCACUGUGACUGGGAGGAAGAGCUCGGCAUUUAUGUUCUCGGCCGAGAGCAUGUCUAAGGAGGAAAGGCUUGAUUCAAGCAGGUAUUCCGUGGUGGAUGCCGAGAUUAUUCGCGGUAUCCCUCUGCGUCGAUCUCUUAGAGGAAUUGGCCGGAUCUGGCGCUACCAGCCUGCCACGUGGAAACCAGAGGAACGUGCUGAACUUUACGAUCUCUCGCAGAAGGUGCUUUACUUCAAUGUUUUUCUGUCGCAUACCUGGCACACGCCUGGUUGGCAGAAGAUUCUGGCUCUCUCCUUCCAAUGUGGCUGGCGGAGUACGCUUGCACUUUGGUGUGUGGUGGAGACUGCCUCCAUGGCCGUGUGCAUGGCGGAUGUGCUGCCGAUGCCCUUCGUGUUCCGGGACACUGUAACAGGCUCGACGGAGUGCCCCAUGGGCCUCUGGGUGUUCUUUUUUGGAGCUCUAGCGCUUCUCCUGGGCCUGCUCUUUACGCCCUACCUGCCCUCCGUUUGCAACUCGUCGGACAUGGGAUUCAUCGAUGUGGCCAGCAUCCACCAGCAGGACCGGGCCCUCAUGGAGCGGGGUGUGUAUGGCAUUGCCGGUUUUUUGCGUGUUUCCUCGGAGCUCCGCAUUCUCUGGAGCGCACCCUACCUGUCUCGUCUGUGGUGCAUAUUUGAGCUUGCAGCAUACCGAAAGGUCAACCCCGAUGGCAUCAUUCGCUUUCGGCCGCUCUUUGUCGAAAGGACCGCCCUGGUGCUCCUGGUCUCCUGCCUGAGCUUCGGCGCCUACGUGCCGGGGAUGUCGGGCAGCGAAGUCUCGCUGUAUCUUGCCUAUGCCUCCCUCGCUCUCUUCAACCUGAUUACAGCCGCCCUCCUGCGAAGCAACUACCGAGAGAAGCACCAGCUGAGACGGGAGCUGCAGGAAUUCGAUCUGAAGCAGGUCUCCUGCAGGGAGGAGUUUGAUCGGAAGUUUAUUCAUGCCGCCAUCUCGAAGUGGUACGGGAGCCAGGACGCCUUCACCGAGUUCGUGCGUCAGGACCUGCGGCAGCACCUGGAGCCUUGUCUGGCCACCCGUUUUCCCAUGAGAUACCUUCUCCUCCUCUGUGCGGCUCAAAUGUCCGUCAGCCUGGAGUUUGUCCUGGCUCUCUGGAAGGGCGGGGCAGAGCCCAACAGCAUCCUGUCCUAUGUCAUCGCCAUGCUUCUGGGGGUGGAUGUCUUUGUUCUUGCGGGCGUCGUUAUUUCGAUCAACUAUCUUUCUGAUCGGUUUGCUGCUCGACGCUUUGGCUGCUUCGAUCAUGUGCAGAUCACGAUGCUAAGUGGCGUCAUCUUCUAUGCAGGAAGCUCCCUCGCAGAGGAGGCCUACGGCAACAGCAUGGAGCAUUGCAUCCUCUUCGCGGCUGUUUCCGGUGUGGUGGCUUUCUGCCUUUACUGGCUGGACAAGAAGGCACCGAUGCCGGACGUGAGCGCACCGACACAAUAA